GCAACACGACAGAAACAUUCUACCGCCUGUGUCCACUCUCUUCUCGCUCACGAUCCAACAGACUAUUUCGAUGAUUGCCAAUUUGAUCGCCUUUCCGUAUAUGCUUUUAUUUUUUGCGGUAUGGAUUUUCUCGAGUCUAGCGCGACCGGUCCUUGUUUUGAGUUUGUUCUGUGUGACAUCCAAACCCGCAGCCGCCUUUCGCAAAUUCCAAUUAUUCCUAACGACGGUGCGGUUUAUGUUGCUAAGCAAGGACAAAUCGUGGAAGAGACCAAAAGAUGAUCCGCAAGACUUUUUUGAAUUACGGAACGAUGUUGGUGUAACGAACGUAGACAGUAUCCGGAAGAAGUCAAUUAUAUUUGUUCGACACGGGGAAUCCACUUGGAAUGAUACCUUCAAUAAAGGAGAUCGCAGCAAAUUCAAGUUUGCGUUGCUGUUUGUUCCCAAUUUGGUAUACGCCUUUUACGUGGAGUGGUAUUUCUGGGUUACAGGAGCAUCAUACGAAUCAUGGUUUUAUGAUUCUCCGCUGUCGGAAAAAGGAUUGAAGCAAGCUCUGGGGGUUCAGUCAUACCUGUCAACAACAAAAGUUGAAUUUUUGACACCGAGAGAACGUGCCUUGGUAGAAGUCUUGCUAGGGACGUCAAACGUCACCAAAUCUCAGCUCGUCUCUUCCAAUUUACGCCGUGCAAUAUCUACCAUGUUGUUGGGCUUUCAAGAUCGCCUGCGCCGAAACGGAGACGAACGCGUUCAGUUGUUGUCUUGUUUGCAGGAAAUAUCGCGCAAUCCAGAUGCUUUGUCGAUCACUCCGGCGAGAGGUAAGGCCUUGCCGUCAUGGACCGAGCCGGAUGGUCUCCAAUAUUUGUACGAUCGCGUUGAUACAUCGCGAUAUGACGGCAACAAAUCGGUCGACAGCAACGGCCUUGUUCGAUUGGAUGCCUUUUGUCAAUACGCGUUUAAAGACGAGGCUACUGACGGCACGGAUGCGAUUGUGGCUGCCGGCCACUCGUUGUGGUUUAGGUCCUUUUUCCAGGUGUACCUUCCUUACGAGGUGGACCAUGUUGCGAAAAAGAAGAAACUGAUCAAUGGUGGUAUUGUUGGAUUCACGCUAGAACGGAUCGAGACAAAAGAAAACACUUUCCACUAUCGGAUUGAUCCAAAAUCCAUCACUACCCUCCAUGGUGGCUUCUGA